CAAGCAACUGUCACUUUGAUUUUUGACGCCCCUUGGCGGACCAAUCGCGUGUCAGUUCUCUCCCGCACAAGUCGAAAUAUCACAUUUUCGGCGACUCAGAUCUUUAGGCUCAGACCUAUAAAUACUUCCGCAACAGUACGAUCAGGCGCACUCUCGCUGUCUCUCAGUUCCGACGUCAAUGGUGGGCGUGGCGCGCUUCCUGAGCGCCGCAAUAGGCGGCGACGACGACGCUGACAAUGUACAGGGCAAGUGGAUCGGCCUGGCUAUUGUGAUCACCUCGGCGGUGCUCUCCAAUCUCGGCGUGAACGUGCAGAAGCUCUCCCACGUGCGGGUACGAACCUCUCCCUCUUUAUGCUGAUGCGCAUUGAGUGCAGACUCGAGAAACCUGAUAAUGCGUCAAGUGCGCACUCGACAUACGUGAUACUGGUCGAGUGCGCACUCGAUGCAAUCUGUGAUAUUCAGGUUAAAUAUUCGGAUACUUACGCAGAAUCUCUUAUCUUGUACCAGGAGGAAGAGAAGCCUGUAUUCGAGCGACAGACCUACUACACGCGACCGCUGUGGCUCAUCGGCCUGGUGUUGGUCGUUCUAGGCGCCGUGGGCGACUUCGAGGCAUUGGGCUUCGCUCCUCAGGCGCUAGUGGCGUCUGUAGGUGGCGGCUUCACUGUACUAGCCAACGUGUUCUUCGCGCAUCUGUGGCUGGGGCAGAUCUUGACCAAAACGGACGUGCUGGGCACACUUCUCAUCAUCAUCGGCGUCGUGCUCAGCACUGUGGCCAACGAACCGGACGAGCAAAUGUCGCUGGUGGAGUUGGAGAAGCAGUUCUUCCAGUUGGGCUUCCUCAUCUACUUGGGCGUUAUGACGGUCGUGUUGGGCGGCAUUUUCGGGCAGAUUGAAGCGAUUUUGAGGCUUCCAAGAGCGCUGAACGAGAACAAGUACAGAUUGCUGCCCUUCAUGUACGCUACAGCGUCAGGUAUCUUCGGGUCCUUCUCGGUGCUUCUGGCCAAGUGCGCGUCGAUUUUACUGAUCUUGACGUUCAGUGGAGAAAAUCAGUUCGUCUACUUCACGACAUACUUGUUCAUGGGUGGCAUGAUGUGCACACUGGUACUGCAGACGGAUUUACUAAACCGCGCUAUCAUGGCGGGAGACACGCUCAGUGUAUUCCCCAUGUUCCAGUGCUUUUGGAUCGGGCGUCAUUGGCGGCGUGGUAUUUUACGAGAAGUACACGCGCUUCUCCCUCUUCGACUGGCUCUGUCUGCCAAUUGCGCUGGCCUUCAUCAUUAUGGGCAUCUAUCUUUUGGCAAAGCACGGGGAAGGAGAAAGUGACGAUCCGGAUGAUCCGGAGCACCCGACGCCCGGUCACCGUGCACACCUGACAGGCCACUUUGGCGCGCUUAUGCCUCUCUCACCUCAGGGCCACUCGUACUCACGGACGUUCAGUCAUAAAAGCUUCGACGACCGAGACAACGAGACCACUCCACUGCGGUACACACCAUCCAAUGGCCGGGUAAUUGAUCACAGCGGAUACGGAGGUACCAGCGGAUACACUAACGGCAACGACAAAGGUCAUCGAAAUGGCCAUCCAGUUGGCCAUUGGCAUGGUCCUCAAGGUCGGAGGCACCACAGCGAUGAUCUAGAGGAACAACGGUUGUACUGCGGGUCUAUCUAACGCCGAGACCACGCCAGUGGCACUAGUGUGCAUACACUAGCAAGAAGAAAGAAUAGAAGUAGGAUGGAGCGUCGUUACUGGAGAUGGCAGGUCCGCUUGAGACAACUGGACAUGACCCAGACUACGAGACGUACGUGAACAAGUGAAAUUGAUGAUCUGUAGUAUUUGAAUAAUCUGUUUUUCAUCGAGUUGGCAUGGAUAGUGUCGGAAGUGUGCUAUAAUAUGCAACUGAUUUUUUAGCCUUGGCGGUUUUUGUGAGAAAGUAAAGAUUGUAACUCGAUGCCUUUACGCAUCGUGUACAGCCAUCCUGUGCAGCGGUGAGGACGGGGC